AUGAAUGAUAAACUUCAAAAAGAACAUAAAAAAAACGAUAACACCACGCAAUUUAAUGAUUUUACGGCCCCGCAUAUGAGUAUAGACUUCCAUUCAAAUAAUAAUAGCAAUAUCAUUGAGACUAUUGGCGUUUCCAAACGACUGGGCAAUUCAGUACUGCACGAACUGGAUUCCAGAGCCACGUCGAAGUUUGAAUUUCUAAAAGACCAACAGCAGUACGACGAAAACAGUAACAGCCAACCACAAUCGAGCUCGCAUAAUAUCAAUGAGUUUUUCCAAACAAAACAUGAUUCUCAAUUUGGUCAGAUGGAGUCACUAGACACUCAUUAUAUGGUCUUGCACACGCCAAAGAGGAAAUCCCAACGUGCUGUCCCUCAAGACUCAUCGGAAUCAAUGAAGAGGUCAAGGCCGUCACACUCAAUUCAAUACACUACGCCAGUGGUCAACGAUAUCACAAGAAGAAUACGAAGAUUGAAGCUGCGGAACUCACUGGUCAAUGGGAAUGACAUCGCAGCCAGGGCAAGGUCCAUGCAAGCAAACUCUAACGUAAACUCAAUAAAGAACACGCCGUUGUCAAAGCCCAAACCGUUCAUGCAGAAGCCGAACUUUUUAAUGCCCACUACAAAUUCUUUGAACAAGAUCAACCCCGUACAUCCUAAUGCUCACCGCAAUGCUCCCUUCUCUACGUCUGCAUCGGCGCAUUCACGAUCUAAAUUGCCCAAAUCUGCACCGAUAAGAGAUUUACAUUCUAAGACCAGGCCAGCAGAACGCACGCCAACUGCGCCAGGAACGAGUUCUCAGUUGAAGAAUUCAGUUUCUGUUUUUGAUAGACUUUACAAGCAAACAACAUUCUCUAGGUCAUCGUCUAUGAACAAUUUAUCAUUAGACGGUUCUGCAAAGACCAGCAAUGCGAAUGCGAAGACCCGGAUGGUGAAAAGUAAGACGAGUGGCUCGUUGUCCAGCCAUCUCAAACAAGACGCGACCUCUAAGAAUGAUAGGCCUGUUUGGCGAUGA